GACUUUUAUUUUGAAGUGCUGUCAAGCGUGGCUUCCUGGUUUAUGAAAGCAUGGUGUCUGCCGUCAUUGAGCCGAGCUGUUUAUGGUACUCUUCAGUUUUAUUCGUACGGCCGGCAUACGUUUAAAUAUUUACUCGUUCACACUAAAUAGGCCGUUUAGGAGCGUCGGCAUGUGUAAAGAGCUAAAGACGAGAGUCCUGCGGUUAUCAGCGCAGAGCUCCGGUGAUCCGACCUCACAGCAGCAGCAGCAGGAGUGGACAGAGCUCCUGAGCACCACAGUCAAGGCUCUGAAAGCGGGGCAGGUCGUGGCCGUUCCCACUGACACCAUCUACGGUCUGGCCUGUGUGGCUCAAAACUCUGUGGCCGUCAGGAGAGUUUAUGAUAUCAAAGGAAGGAAUGGAGACAAACCUCUAGCCAUCUGUGUCGGAGAAAUACAGGACAUAUACAGAUUCUGUAAGGUGUCUGUGAAGGAGGAGCUUCUCCGAGAUCUGCUGCCUGGACCUGUUACACUAGUUCUGGAAAGAUCCUCCACACUGAACGGAGACCUCAAUCCUUUUACCAAGCUCAUAGGGGUUCGUGUUCCAGACCAUCCGUUCAUGAGGCGUCUCUGUCAGAUGUGCGGCGAGCCGCUUGCUCUCACCAGUGCUAACGUCAGCGCACAAACCAGCUCAGUUGCUGCUAACGAGUUUGAGGAUUUGUGGCCCAGUCUGGCUGUUGUGGUGGACGGUGGCCCGAUUGGAGAUAAAAGUCGUUUGGGUUCAACUGUAGUGGAUCUGUCUGUGUGCAGCAGAUACCGUAUAAUCAGACCGGGAUGUGCUCUCUCUGCUACAGUUCAGGUACUUGAAGGCAAGUAUGGACUGCUGGAGGAUCCUGUCAACCAAUGAGAUUCAAGCGCAGCACAAACCCACUGUAGGUCAAAGUCAGUCCAGAGAUCAGACCGAGCUUCUGAAGUCUGUGCGGUUCUCAGUAAUGAGGGUCUGACUUUCUCUGCUUUUUCACCUCUUCUUUUCAGAGAGUUUUGGGAUUGGUGAUUCUGAUCUGAAUGUGAUCAUCUCAGUCUAUUGAAUCCUCAAACUCCAUUUAUAAGGUUCUCAUGUUAAAGACGCCCAUUUUUCUUACUCAGUCAGACUUUUAGUUUCUAAAGAGUGUGUUUAGAUGUUCUUUACAGUGGAAUAAUUCUCCUGUUGACAUGACCUCCACACCACUCAGAUGCCUUUGGGGAUACAUCGACUAUUAUGUUGGGAAUAUUAUAGUGAAAACUGUAAAACUUGAUUGAGUUGAUUGCUUUGUUACAGUAAUAGUUUAGACUCAAGGAUUUUGUUUUUGUUAAUUGGGAUUUUAUUUAUUGCCGUUUUAAACGUUUUCAGGGGUCACUUGCUCUCUGGCAUUAUAUUUUAUAAAAUGAAAACAAGCUGAAUCUGAUGUCAAGAACUUUAUUAUUGUACUGUUUUGCAUUGUGGACCAAAGCAGAGUAAAUCAUCUUAUGCAGAUGUUAUGCAAUAGUCCCACUCAUUUGGUAUUUGCAGUUAAAACAUUAUGUCCCUGUUGGCCUUCCAUUUUAUUUCAUACAAUUAGUAGUGCUUAUGAAUUAGUGGAUGUUUUAGAUGCCUUAAUGUCUUGCCCAGCCAUUGUAAAUGAGGUCAAGCCAUGUUUCUGUUCUUCUGAGACCUCAGCAGUCUAGGGAGAAUGACUGGCUGUUUGUUUACUAUCUGUGGCUGUAUUCAAGGGAGAUUGUGCAGCGCAAAAACUUCACUUGCUGUUAUGUGAGAAAUGAGUCUCUAUGGUUUAGAUGCUUGAAAACAUUUUAACCUCCUUGGCCGGAUCAGAGACGUAGUGUGCAUGACAUAUACAGUAUAGCAUUGCAUGUAAUGGUGCGUGCAAGUCAUUUCAGAAAGAUUGUAUUUAAGAGUUAUGAAGGCAUAUGAAUGUCACCACAAAGUCUGUGUAGGGCACAAUAGAUGCAGCGUCUCUAAUCAAAAUGAAAAUGAUAACUCGGUUAUUUGACAUGGAAUCAAAGAAUCAUGGCAGGUGGCGAGCGACUCAUUUUAAUAAUGGCAUCGGUAACUGAAUAUUAAAACGCUUUAAAUAUCAGGGAAUUGUAAACUUGUAAUUUGGCAGGCAAGGGAAAAGCAACAUGGAAUUAAAUCAAAUAGAACCUUCAAAACAUUAUGGAAAUUUUCUAGUGAAAUAUGGAAUACAUAAAACCUUUUUUUGGCAUGUUGCACUAAUAUUCCAUGUGAAUGCUUCCCUUUCGGAGCAAUAAAACAAUCCGAAGCAAUUUGUUUUCCUUGCUCAAUUCACACUUUCCUUAUUCAAGACCGUAAAGAAUGUUAAUAUAUAUAUAUCAAAUAAAUGCUUAUUCAAAUCUAAUAAAAUGUAUGACCGUUA